AUUUGGUAUCACACAUUGGAAUUCAAGGAUCCUCCCAUUUCGAUAAGAACGAUCGUAUUCAAAGUGUCGUCGUUGAUCACAAGAAGGUUGUUCAGUAGAGUUAAGAUGCCGAACUAUUUCGAUAUUGGUGUCAAUUUCACGGAUCCCAUGUUCCAUGGUGAAUACCAUGGCCGUCAAGUGCACAAUUCUGAUAUUGAAGACGUUGUUCUCAGAGCAAAGACAUUCAACGUUAGAAGAUUACUUCUUACUGGUAGCUCAUUGGACGAGAGCAGAAGAACUCUAGAGAUUGCAGCCAGCUAUCCGGAGUAUGCGUUCACCACUGUUGGUUGUCAUCCCUGUACUGUUGGUGAAAUUCCGUCAGUUGAUGAAAAGGUGUACUUGGAUGAAUUGAAAGAGCUUGCAUUGGCUGGCAAGAGAUCUGGACUUGUCAAAGCAUUUGGUGAAAUUGGGUUGGAUUAUGACAGACUGCAUUACACUGAUGCAGAAACCCAGAGAUUAUACUUCAAGAAACAGCUUGACAUUGCUGUGGAGGUUGGCUUACCGUUGUUCCUCCAUAUGAGAGCAGCCAAUGAAGAUUUCAUCAGUAUCAUCAAGCCGUAUCUGUCAAAGCUUCCAAAGGGUGGUGUUGUUCACAGCUUCACAGGCACCGCUGAGGAAUUACAGAAACUGUUACUCUUGGGAUUUUACAUUGGUGUGAACGGAUGCUCUUUGAAGACAGAGGAGAAUUUGGAAGUUGUUAAGCAGAUCCCUCUUGACAAGCUGAUAGUGGAGACAGAUGCACCAUGGUGCGAGAUUAAGAGAACACACGCCGGGUAUCAAUACCUGACAAAGUAUCCAAAUGCAGCAUAUCCAAAGAUCAUCACAAACCAAACUUCUUCGGUGAACUUGAAGGCACAGAGCGUUAGUUCGGGCAUGCAAAUGGACCCACUGCUACCUUUCCCGUUGAUCAAGAAGGAGCACUACUCCAAGUAUGACCCAGCACAUGAGGCACUUGUUGGCGAAUUUGCCAGUCCACUCAUCAAAGGCCGUAAUGAGCCAGUCCACAUCGGCCAAGUUGUUGAGAUUGUCUCCAAGAUCAAAGGCGAAUCCGUGGAAACCAUCGCAGAACAUGCUUACAAGAACUCCUUGAAGCUCUUUGAAGUUCCUGAAGAGGAAGACGUCAUUGAUAGAUAUUUUACUUAUUAGCUGAAGAAGGUAGUAGGGAUUGUAUACGUGAUAUGUAAUCAAGGAAAAAAACGUAAACAAACAAAAAG